AAAACAAUGACAGCAACAAUAACAGGUAUCAAUUUUGAAAGUAAAAAGCUGAUUACUUGAAUUUUACAAAAGAGAAACAUUCCAGUACAUGAAGGAAUGCUUUUAUCGAAGAACUUGAUGCUUUUACUCCUGAGUAUGCUGGGGAGUGCACCGAUGGGCCAGAUGGCACCGAUGAGCCGGGUGGGCGCCGCACAGGUGAGCACGUUGGUGACCGGAUUGGUGAAGCAACACUUUUCGAGUUGUCAUCUGGUCCUGCUGACCACUAUGCCUCACUCACCUGUGUUCUCCGCUAUUCGAAAUCAAAUGAACGAGGGGACAGUGGUGGCGACUGACACAAUGAGAGAGGACAGCUUACAGGAGGUCCUGUCAGGAGAGGUCACAACAGUUUGCCAAGUACUUAUCAUCCACCUCGAUCAUACUAACGAGGCUGCUAACGAAACUGUACUGGCCUUCAGGCUAUUGGAACAGGCGGGAUUGUGGAAGAAACCGAAGACGCGAGUGGUUUUGGUCGGAGGCAAGACUUCGGUGAAAGAUAUUCUUCUUCAUCACAGUCUCCGAAACACAAUGCAUGGCCUCUACCUUGCCCUUCAUUCUUCAGUUCCUUCCUCUCCCGGACACCCUCGAUUGGCAGGAUCUUCUGAAGAGUCUAUCAGCGGGCGAGUAAGUGUAUUCUGGAGAUGUGUGUACUGUGAUGGCGGCGAGCCUGCAGUUCGCUUGGUGGGCCGCAUGAACCUUGAGCUGGACCGAGAGAACCUCAGCAUUACUAAUCUCUCCUCAGCCCUUUCAGAACCCUUCAAGGAUCUACGAGGCCAUACCUUUGAAGUGACCACCGUGCCGUACUUCCCUUACGUGGCCUACUCGAGGGACACGCAGGAGCGAGGGACCAAGGUGACGCUACAAGACUCGCUCAAUGUCAGAAUACUCAACACCGCCUCCGCUGUUCUUAACUUCACGUAUGAGGUGUGGGAAACUCCAGAUCGUUCCUUUGGGAACCUCAACGCCCAGGGCCAGUACAGUGGUCUAGUUGGCGAACUGCAGCGUGAGGAGUCCGAUUUUUGCCUCUUGUUGAGCCCCACCUCCGAUAGACUUGAGGUGAUUGAUUACCUGCGUCUAGAACCGACCGACUACUUGGUGGUUCUGUCUGAGAAGCCUUCCCUACUGUCAGCUGUCAUGUCCAUCAUGAGACCGUUCUCUAACGAGCUGUGGGUCGGCUUAGUGGUGGGCCUGAUAGUGUGGAGCGUGACGGCGUGGUUGCUGCAGCUACUCUGGAAAGCAGCAACAGGCGGUCCAGGUGUCAGUUUGGUGAGAACUCUCAUGUACGGCUGGGGUGCUCUUCUGGAAAAGCCGCCAGCGGAUCCUUCAAGGAAUUUUUCAGGCCAGAUGUUGAUGGGUUGGUGGCUGGUGUUUUGUCUCGUCAUCGCCACUGGGUUCAAGUCUUCGCUGAUCUCCCAUCUCACCGUCCAGGCAAAGUCCCAAACUCCAGAGGGAUUUCAGGAUCUUGUGGAAUUCGACAACUGGAGAUGGGGUAUUGAACCUUGGAUGUUGGAUGGACAACCUCUGAACUAUUUUGAAAAGAGCACAGACCAAGUAGUGCAAGAAGUAUAUCAGAGAAUGGAAAAGCUUCCUUUAAAGGAACUACUUCAGAAAGUUCUAGAAGGAAGAUAUUCGAUGGUUAGUGUCAAGAAUUACAUCAUGGUAAUUAUGGCGUCCAGCUACGUGGAUAAGUAUGGCCAGAUGCCCUUUCAUAUGGGCAGGGAGGAGCGGGGCAUCUUGGCCUGCUUCGGGUGGGGCAUCAGGAAAGGAGCUCCUUUUCUGGAAGCGUUCUUAAGUCUCGCGUCUCGCCUUGAGGAUGCAGGGCUAGUAAAACACUGGACGGAGGUAGUGGUGGCGCAGCGCGUGAAGGAGACCAGGGCGAAGAAUGCUCCUAAGGCAACGAAUGUGUUUGGUUCACUGGAGGACGAGAAGGAGGUAGUUCUGAGUAUGGACCACCUGCAAGGCGCCUUCUACCUGUUGUUUCUUGGCUCAGGCUUGGCGUCAAUCACCUUUUUGGCGGAGAAGAUAAAUGGGAUCUGAAUCACAU